GCUUUAGCCUUCUCUCUAUUAGCACAGCACACUGCUACUAGCUCCAUCACAGCUAAGCUAAGCUAAGCCUACGUACGGUGGUCAUGGCGUCCAAGACCAUGGUGGUGCUGUUCGUCGUGGCGGCGUCUCUCCUCCUGCUCUCGCAGGACGUGGCGUUUGCCGCCAGAGAGCUCGCUGAUGCCAGUGGCGAGGCGAGUAAGGGAGGCGAUAAGAAGGACGACAUCAGCAUCUCCAUUGGAGUGACCGUAGGCGCCACGCCUGUAGUGACCAUAAACACCAAGCCCAAACACCAUGGGAAGACGCCGAGCUAUGGCCACUCUCACCCAUGACGCUCUCUCAGCUAUUGACACUACAAUGACUCUGUUCAAUACAGUGAUGAUUCGAUGUUAAUUUAUAUUUAACAGAAUGUGCUCUACGUGAAGAAUAUAUAUGUGUAAAUCAUCAUGUCUCUCACGCUAUAUAAAAGUUUCAUUUAGUAUGUGUAAACAAAACUGUUUCCCGUAUCAAAUUGAAAAUCAGAUGAACGGUCAGUCUCCAUGAA